AUGGGGGGAUUGUAUUUUGAAGAGAAAGGAGAGCUGAUAGGCGACUUUGAUAUCAUGAACUGGGUCCUAUUUCCCAAUAAAUCUCAUGGCAUUGUGAAAGUUGGGAGCAUUGAGGGACGGACAUCCUCCGACAUCAAGUUCACCAUUAGCCCAGAAGCCAUUGUGUGGCCCAGGAAGUUUAACAAGACUGUGCCUCGUUCCAGGUGCACUGAAAGCUGUCGCCCUGGAUAUGCCAAGGAGAUUCAGGAAGGCCAGCCGGUUUGCUGCUAUGCUUGUGCUCCGUGUGCGGAAGGGACCAUCUCCACUCAGGAAGAUUGUCUCAGUUGGCAGUAUCGGGGCAAAGAUCUCUUCCUUUGGGACGAGAGCCUGAGCCAUGGCCUCCUGGAUGGGCACACCACCUUGCACGAGCUCCCUGGCAUGGUGGCGGGUGUUGGAGAAGCUGUCGUUUCAGGGCUUGUGGUGGGACUCUGGUGGAGUUCGAAGCACUACUGGCAGAUCCUGUCCUUCUUGUUUGCCAUCCAGGAGAUCAACCAGGAUCCCAGGAUCCUACCCAACAUUACCCUCGGUUACAACAUCUAUGAGACCUAUUUCAAUGCAAGGAUGACCUCCGAUGCCAUGCUAGACUUCUUUGCUGGUGGAGAAAACAACAUUCCAAACUACCGUUGUGGAAGAUGGAAUAACCUGUUGGCAGUCCUUGAAGGAACGAAUUCUGAAAUUUCCAACCAGAUUUCAGUCAUGUCUGGCGUUUACAAAAUCCCACAGGUCAGUUUUGGUUUUGAUACUCUUAGUGAUCAAACCCAGUUCCCUUUUGUCUACCGGAUGGUCCCGAAGGAAGGAACCCAGUACUUGGGGAUUAUCAAGUUGCUCCUGCAUUUUGGAUGGACGUGGAUUGGCCUCUUUGCUCCAGACAAUGAUAAUGGAGAGAAGUUCAUGGCAGCCUUCACAUCUCUGAUGAUUAGCAGUGGGAUCUGUGUUGCCUUCUCAGAAAGAUUUCACACUUUCUUAAGACAAAUUCGUGCUUCAAAUUCUUCCAUGGGGGGAUUGGAUUUUGAAGAGAAAGGAGAGCUGAUAGGCAACUUUGAUAUCAUGAACUGGGUCCUAUUUCCCAAUAAAUCUCAUGGCAUUGUGAAAGUUGGGAGCAUUGAGGGACGGACAUCCUCCGACAUCAAGUUCACCAUUAGCCCAGAAGCCAUUGUGUGGCCCAGGAAGUUUAACAAGACUGUGCCUCGUUCAAGGUGCACUGAAAGCUGUCGCCCUGGAUAUGCCAAGGAGAUUCAGGAAGGCCAGCCGGUUUGCUGCUAUGCUUGUGCUCCGUGUGCAGAAGGGACCAUCUCCACUCAGGAAGAUGCAGAGCAUUGCACCAUAUGUCCAGAGGAUCAACAUCCCAACAAAGACCGAGAUCAAUGUAUCUCCAAGAAUGUCACCUACUUCUCCCAUGAAGAAUCUUUGGGGAUCAUCGUGGCUGCCUUUGCCCUCUUCUCGUGUUUAAUAACAGGUUUUGUGUUAGGAAUCUUCAUUAAAUACCUAGAAACUCCAAUCGUCAAAGCCAACAACCGGGACCUAUCAUUCAUCCUCCUUGUCUCUCUCUUGCUUUGCUUUUUGUCUCCCUUUCUGUUCAUCGGCCGGCCCAGGAAAGUGACCUGCCUUCUCCAACAAAUGGCCUUCAGCAUCAUCUUUUCAGUCGCUGUGUCUUCUGUCUUGGCCAAAACCAUCACUGUGGUGCUGGCCUUCCUGGCCACAAAACCAGGGAACAGAAUGAGAAAAUGGCUGGGGAAGGGUUUGUCCAACUCCAUUGUCAUUUCCUGUUCCAGUGUCCAAGUUGUCAUCUGCACCAUCUGGCUGGGUGUCUCUCCACCAUUCCCAGACUCUGACAUGCACUCCCAGCCUGGACACAUCAUCCUGCAAUGCAAUGAAGGGUCGGUUGCCAUGUUUUAUGGUGCCCUUGGCUACAUGGGCUUCCUGGCUGCUAUUUGCUUCACAGUGGCUUUCCUAGCCAGGAAACUGCCUGGGGCCUUCAAUGAAGCCAAGCUGAUCACCUUCAGCAUGCUGGUCUUCUGCAGUGUUUGGAUCUCCUUUGUGCCCACCUACCUGAGCACAAAGGGGAAAUACAUGGUAGCCGUGCAGGUCUUCUCUAUCUUGGCCUCCAGCGCUGGCCUUCUGGGCUGCAUCUUCCUCCCCAAAUGCUAUAUUAUUGUACUCAGACCUGACCUGAAUAUGAAGGAGCAUUUAACAACAAAAACGAAAGGUGGUAUCUGA